UCAGCCUUGGGUGUUGAUGGAGAAGACCACUGAGGAGACACCGAGAAAAUGGCACUGAUGGAGAAACUGAGAAGACACCAAGAAGACAACACUGAUGGAGACAUCAGAACUCAGAUCGUUUCAAGGGCAAAUCCAAGCGGGAGCGGUUGAAGGUGCUGGCGAUCAUUUUGUCAAAGUCCAUCUUAGAGUGGACACCACCCUGGAGAUACCCAAUGGGCCUGGACUGGUCCAAGCACCCCAAAACUCUCCAGUGUCUCUCCUCUGGUCUGUCUGCUGCCCAUGGACACCUGAGAUGUUCUGGUGCCCAUGGUUGCGAUCAUGGUGGGCCCUGGAGCCUCACCAUCUUCUCACUGGUGAACUGGUGACAACGGACGAGGAGAAGGCAGGGACAAGGAGAAGACCUCUUCCCAUAUCUCUUUGGUGGAUGGAACUCAGGCAGGGACAAGGGAAGCAAAGACCCUCCCACAAUAGGAGAAGAGCCGCCUUCUCGGUGUCGGCGAGAUAAGGAUUCCGUGGAUGGAUGAAGGAAUUGCAUGGCUGGUGGUAUCCAGAGAGUGGUGGUAAACCUCAGGAGGCUCAACAAGGCCAAGUCCAAGGUCUUGCAUAGGGGUGGGGGCAACACAGGACAGGAGACGAAGUGAUGGAGACCAGUCAUGACGAGAAGAACUUGGGGAGAUGAGAAGCUAGUGGUGAAAUAGUGGACUACGGUGGGCUUGAGGUGGAGAUGGGCUCCACUGGGGCCCAAGGGAUCUUCUUGAUCUCAUGUUCAAAGGUCUACAGAGCUACAGGAGAUGCUGGAUCUUCUUCAGAAGGAUUCCUUCCCAUAUCUUCUUCAGAACGACCCUUUCCUUAGAGCCAGGACUCUGGAGGAGAACAACCAGCAGCAGAUGGAGAAAAAGCCAGGAGCUACUUGACAAACCUUGACCUUCACUGGUCCAUGGGAUGGGAGGAGCCUCACGCAAGGCUGCUGAGAGGGGCAUUUUCAUAACGGAGGCGGCUUCAAACUGGGAGAGGGGAGACGUCAGGAAGAAAUUCUUGGCCGAGGGUGGGAAGUCCCUGGCCCAGGUUGCCCAGAGGAGCUGUGGCUGCCCCAUCCCUGGAGGCGUUCAAGGCUGGUGGGACGAGGCCUGGAGCAACACGGGCUGGUGGGAGGUGUCCCUGCCCAGGGCAGGGGGUGGCACUGGAUGGUCUGGUCUCGUCUCCUCUAUCCUCAUGUUCUCCUCUCCUCAUGUUCACCUCUUCUCAUAGAAUGUGUUGGGUUGGCAGGGACCUUUAAAGGUCAACUAGAUAAACCACCGUACAGCGAGCAGGGACAUUUCAACGAGACCGUUUCUAAAGAGGCAGAUGGAGAGCGCUCGCAGUGGACGGGACUCCUGGCAGGAAGGAGGAAAGGGGGACUUCAGAAAGAGCGGCCCCCUGCCCACGGAGAUGUUCCAGCUCAGGCACUUCUGCACCCAGCCGGCCGGCCUUUCCCCCCUUCCUCUCCGGGAGCUCCGGCCGCCGGCCUGUCCUCGCCUCACGGGCGGCCCCUGCCCUCCGCUCAGCCGGGCCAGGGCCAGCAGCGCCGCCUUCUGCAUCCCAGGGCAGCGAUGGGCAGAGGAGCAGCAGCCGGGGAGAAGAGGGGAGACCUACCGCGUGCUGCAGAGCUUCCGCAGAGCAGCCCAGGGGAGCUGGUUCUCUCGGAGGCCACCAGAGCAGCCUUCCUCCACCCCUGGUUUUGGUGGGAGAUGGAGCGGUGCAGAGCUGUUUCUCAGGCAUCCAGGAAGGUUUCCCAGUGCCGCCGGGAGAGACGCUGCUCCCAGGAAGCUCCUGCCCAUAGAGCAAAGGCCGUUUCCAGCCACCCAGCGCCGGGGGCUCUGGUGCUUUGUGGGCAGAAAACUCUCCCUGAAGUUCCUCCUGCUGAAAGGUCUGUUAUGUUCUGUGUCUCCUGCUCCAUUUUGGAUCAUUCUUACAAAACCAAAUAAUUUUAUUUUUUCUUUUAGGUGUUUUUUUUUCCCCCCCUCUCUAGGAUGUGAAAUGCCUGUUUUAGAAAAAAGCAAGCAGGUCCCUCUGGGAGGCAUCCCCCCCUUCAAGAGGAUCGACCGCACCCCUCAGCUUGGUGUCAUCUGAACCCUGGCUGGGGGAGCACUUGAUGCCACUGUCCCAUUGAGGGCCACUGUCCCUUGAGGGCUGUGGCUCCUUGAGGGACACUGUCCACUUGGGCAUAAAGCCACUGACUGCUCCUCUUUUGUUAACCCCUUUCCUCCCUGUGAGGAGCUGGGGAGCCUGUUGAGGGCAGGGUGGAACAAAGGGAGCCCCCCCAUUCCCUCCUGGGAGACCCCCAAACAGAAGCCAGAGCCAGCAACCCCAGAGGGUCCUUGGCAGCCAACAGAGAACCCACGUCUGCCUCCUGUCGCAGCAACCCCUGCCACCUGCUUAGCCGUGAGCCAGGCUGGGCAGAGAGGCACGACUCCCCGCAAACUCUGCCCAGCCCCACCACCCUUGCAUCCCUCCGAGCUACCCACGCGCGUCCCGAGGCCCCAGAGCAGCCCCGCAUGUCCCAGGCUCCCGGGCUGAGCCCUCUCCAUCGGCCCGUUGCUCACCUCUCCCCUCCUCCCCACUGCGCUCAGCAGUGUGUCCACCUUUGGGAUGCCAGCAGUGAGACGGUGCUCCGUGGCUCCUUGCAAGAGCUCUCCUGGAGCUGUGACCCUGCGCUGGCACCUCUCGCUCCAGAGGCACCCAGCUGCGGCCACCACAGCCAGUCUCCCAGCAAGCGGCUCUAGAGAGCAGACGCACAUUUUUGCAUCGUCACGUUGCCGCGACACCGCACUGCACAUCGUCAUGUUGCCACGCCGCUGCCCGGCUGCUGCCCAGCCACCCCGGGGCCCACCUGGUGGCCCGUCUGGACCUGCAUGUGGGCCACUCGCUCUCGCUUUGGACAGUCAAGAUGUGGCUUGGACUCUAAAAAUGACUGGCUGGAUGCUAAAAAUGCUGUUUGAGAGCUUGACAAUGAGUCUUUGAAUCUUAAAAAGGGCUUUGGAACUUGUAAAUGAGGGUUUGUACCCUAAAAAUGAAGCUUUGGGAUCAAAACCAUGAUAAUUUGGUCCCUUAGAGAGGGGU